UAUCCAUCGCGCACUUCCCAUUAUAUAAAUAAAUCACAAAUCUUAAGCUCUUUUCCUCACUUCAAAAAUUUUACAUCAACAACAAACUACACUGUUUCUCCAAAGCCAAAAAUAUUAAAUAAAAAUAAAAUAAAUUUUAAUUCUCGUAAAAUCCCCUCUCUUCAACGUCUUUGCCACAAUCACGAGAAUCCUUCGAUCUGAAAUAUACAACUCCUUUUUGUUGUUGUUGUUGUUCUUUGCAGAGUUUGCUUAAGAACACUGAAUUUUUUUUUGUUUGUUUUAAUCUUUAUAAUUUGGCCAUUUUUCCCCCUUUUUGUGUGAGAAAACGGAAGUAAUAUUUUGGUUUUCUGUUUCAUUUAGCGUGCCUUUAUCUGCAAGUAAUGUAAAUUUACUUGUAAAAUUCUUCUUGGUGAUGAUCUGUUGGGGAGGAAUUUCUGUUUGGAGAUAAAUCAAAGUUCAAAGCAUGAUUUGUUGGUGAAAAUAAAGAAAAGGUUGGAAAAAACUUCUAUCUUGAUUGGAAAAAGGAAAAGUGAUGAAGCGGUCUAGAGAUGAGGUUUGCAUCGGCGGCUCCCAACUUAAAAGACCUGUGGUUUCUUCUCGAGGAGAAGGCUCUGGGCAACAGCAGAUGGCAGGAGGGACAGGAGCUACCCAGAAACUUACGACAAAUGAUGCAUUGGCAUAUCUCAAGGCAGUUAAAGAUAUAUUUCAAGAAAAGAGGGAGAAAUAUGACGACUUCCUUGAAGUAAUGAAAGACUUCAAGGCUCAAAGAAUUGAUACUGCGGGUGUCAUAGCCAGGGUAAAGGAGUUAUUUAAAGGGUAUCGAGACCUAAUUUUGGGUUUCAAUACCUUUUUGCCCAAAGGAUAUGAGAUCACCCUCCCAUUGGAGGAUGAACAACCUCCCCAAAAGAAGCCUGUGGAGUUUGAAGAAGCUAUUAAUUUUGUGAACAAAAUUAAGACAAGGUUUCAGGGUGAUGACCAUGUCUACAAAUCAUUUUUAGACAUUUUGAACAUGUAUAGAAAAGAAAAUAAGUCUAUCACUGAGGUCUACCAGGAGGUUGCUGCUCUUUUCCGAGACCAUCCAGAUCUGCUUUUGGAGUUCACUCAUUUUCUACCUGAUACCUCAGCGACAGCCUCUAAUCAUUAUGCUUCCACUGGUAGAAACUCUAUACCCCGAGAGAGGAGCUCUGCUAUGCCUGGAAUGUGUGCAGUGCCUGCUGACAAGAAAGAUAGGAGUACAGCUCUGCUUGGUGACUGUGACCUUAGCAUGGAACGUGCUGAUCCUGAUCAUGAUAGAGUUAUGACGAAAGCUGAAAAAGAGCAAAGAAGGCGUGGUGAAAAAGAAAGGGACAAGACAGAAGACAGAGAUAGAAGAGAUCGAGAACAGGAUGAUCGAGAUUUUGAAAUUGAUGGCAACAGAGACUUCAACAUGCGGUUUCCACAUAAACGGAAUGGGAAACCUGCUCGUAGAAGUGAAGAAUCAGGUGUGGAACAAUUGCAGCAAGUUGGGGGGGAUGGUUCUGCAUAUGAUGAUAAAAAUGCAAUGAAAAGUGUUUACAAUCAGGAGUUUGCUUUCUGUGAUAAAGUGAAGGAGAAGUUACGAAAUCCUGAUCAUUAUCAGGAAUUUUUGAGGUGCCUUCAUCUCUAUAGCAAUGAAGUAAUCUCACGCACAGAAUUGCAAUCUUUGGUGAAUGAUUUGCUUGGAAGAUACCCAGAAGUGAUGGAUGGUUUUAAUAAGUUUUUGAUGCAGUGCGAGAAGAAUGAGGGCUUGCUUGCGGAUUUUGUUAGUGAAAAGUACUUGCGGAAUGAAGGGCAGUUACCUAGAUCAGUUAAGAUGGAAGACAGAGAUAGAGAUCGUGAAAGGGAUAAUGGGGUCAAAAUUAGAGACCGUGAAACCCGGGAAAGGGAUAGACAUGACAGAAGUUCCUUUGCCAAUAAAGAUGCAGGUCACAAGGUUUCUUUAUUCUCCAGCAAGGAUAAUAAAUACUUUGGAAAACCCAUCAAUGAACUUGACCUCUCCAAUUGUGAACGGUGCACUCCUAGUUAUCGACUUCUUCCAAAGAAUUACCCAAUACCUUCUGCAAGCCAGAGAACAGAGCUAGGUUCUGAAGUUCUCAAUGAUCAUUGGGUUUCUGUCACUUCUGGGAGUGAGGACUACUCUUUCAAACACAUGCGCAAAAACCAGUAUGAAGAAAGCUUAUUUCGAUGUGAAGAUGACAGGUUUGAACUGGAUAUGUUGUUAGAGUCGGUGAAUGCAACAACCAAGCGAGUAGAAGAACUAUUAGAAAAGAUUAACAAUAAUAUCAUCAAACUAGACAGUCCAAUUCGCAUCGAGGAGCACUUCACAGCUCUGAAUCUUAGGUGCAUUGAACGUUUAUAUGGUGACCAUGGACUUGAUGUGAUGGAUGUUUUAAGGAAGAAUGCCCAUCUUGCUUUGCCAGUUAUUUUAACCCGCUUGAAGCAGAAACAAGAAGAGUGGGCUAGAUGUCGAUCUGAUUUUAAUAAAGUUUGGGCUGAAAUUUAUGCUAAGAAUUAUCAUAAAUCGCUUGACCACCGUAGCUUCUAUUUUAAGCAGCAGGACUCCAAGAACUUAAGCACUAAAGCUCUGUUGGCUGAGAUUAAAGAAAUCAGCGAGAAGAAGCGCAAAGAAGAUGAUGUGCUUCUUGCUAUUGCUGCUGGAAACAGACGGCCGAUUAUUCCCAAUUUGAAGUUUGAGUACCCCGAUCCUGAAAUUCAUGAAGAUCUUUAUCAGCUCAUCAAAUAUUCCUGUGGAGAAAUGUGUACAACUGAACAAUUGGAUAAAGUAAUUAAAAUAUGGACUACCUUCAUGGAACCUAUGCUUGGGGUUCCUUGCCGUCCUCAGGGAGCAGAGGACACUGAAGAUGUUGUGAAGGCUAAAAACAACAGUGUCAAAAAUGGUAGUGCUAGCGUUGGUGAGAGUGAAGGGAGCCCUGGUGGUGCUGGCGUUGCCAUGAAUUCCAAACAUUCGAAUCCUUCCAGACAUGAAGUUGAAAGUAUUCCACCUGAGCAAUCAAGUUCUUGUAGGUCUUGGUUGCUGAAUGGGGAUAAUGGUGUCAAGCAAGAUGGUUCUGCUUAUAUAGACAGUGUUGGUCAUAAGAAUGCAUCUUCCUGUGAUGCUCCUCAACGAGACAGAAUGCAGGUUAGUCCAGCUAAUGGUGACGAAAUAGCCGGGGUCAGUAAACAAGCUAGUACCAGUGAACGGUUGGUCACUUCAAAUGCAUCUCUUAUUGCGCGAGUGGAGCAAAGCAAUGGAAGAACUAGCAUUGAGAAUACUUCAGGUCUUAUUGCUACUCCUUCCAGACCUGGUAAUGCUGCUGUUGAGGGUGGACUUGAAUUAAAGUCAAAUAACGAAAAUUUACCUUCAUCAGAGGGUGGCGGUUGUUCUAGGCCAAUCAUAUCUGGAAACGGGAUGAUGACAGAAGGCUCUAAAAACCACAGGUAUAAUGAAGAAUCUGUUGCACAACUUAAAGUUGAAAGGGAAGAAGGAGAACUAUCCCCAAAUGGGGAUUUUGAGGAAGACAAUUUUGCUGAUUAUGGAGAAGCUAGUUUGGAGACUGCUCUUAAGGUGAAGGAAGGCGCAGCAAACAGACAAUACCAGAGACAUGGAGAGGAGGAAGUGUGCCGUGGGGAGGCUGGGGGAGAGAAUGAUGCUGAUGCUGAUGAUGAAGGUGAUGAAAGUGCUCAGAGGACAUCAGAGGAUAGUGAGAAUGCUUCUGAGAAUGGUGAGGUUUUUGGAAGUGAUUCUGGUGAAGGUGAAUCGAGGGAGGAGCAAGAGGAAGAUAUUGAUCAUGAUGAACAUGAUAAUAAAGUGGAGAGUGAAGGGGAGGCUGAAGGGAUGGCUGAUGCCCAUGAUGCGGAAGCUGAUGUUACAUUGUUACCAUUUUCAGAACGUUUCCUGCUAACUGUAAAGCCCCUUGCAAAGUACGUCCCUUCACCAUUACAUGAGAACAAGAAGGAUUCACAAGUUUUCUAUGGAAAUGACUCAUUUUACGUGCUUUUUAGGCUUCACCAUACUUUGUAUGAGAGAAUACAAUCAGCAAAGAUUAAUUCAUCAUCUGCAGAUAGGAAAUGGAGGGCUUCUAGUGAUCCUAGUCCCACUGAUCUCUAUGCUAGGUUCAUGAGUGCACUUUACAAUUUACUCGAUGGCUCUUCUGAUAAUACAAAAUUUGAGGAUGAUUGCCGAGCUAUCAUUGGAACUCAGUCUUACGUCCUAUUCACAUUGGACAAGCUGAUAUAUAAAAUUGUCAAACAGCUUCAAGCCAUUGCAAGUGAUGAAAUGGACAAUAAGCUUCUUCAACUAUAUGCAUAUGAGAAAUCAAGGAGAUCUAGAAGAUUUGAUGUUGUUUAUCAUGAAAAUGCUCGUGUUCUCCUUCACGAUGAGAAUAUAUAUCGAAUUGAAUGUUCAUCAACUCCAACGUGUCUUUCCAUCCAGCUUAUGGACUAUGGACAUGAUAAGCCUGAAGUGACAGCUGUUUCCAUGGACCCUAAUUUUGCUGCAUAUUUGCACAAUGACUUCCUCUCAGUUGUUCCCAAGGAAAAAGAGAAGCCCGGAAUUUUCUUGAAGAGGAAUGUACGCAAAUGUGCGGGUGGUGAUGAGCUCUCUUCAACAUGCCGGACAACAGAAGGACUUAAAGUGGUUAAUGGUUUGGAGUGCAAGAUUGCUUGCAAUUCUUCCAAGGUGUCUUAUGUUUUGGACACGGAAGAUUUUUUGUUCAGAGUGAAACGGAAAUCAGCCUUGAACCAGAACAGCCAAUGCCAAAACCGGGCAAGGGUUUCAAAUGGGAAUUCAAUUAGACUGCGAAGACAACAGCGAUAUCAGAGAUUGCUUCUAGCAUAUACUUCCAUGGCAUAAGUAGAUAUGGUACGUCUGUAUCCAUUUGCUGCUAUGUUCUGUUUGCUCUGAAUUAAAGGACAAUAAUGAAGCAUAAUUUCCCCUUUGAGUUAAAUCCGUUUCAUAUAUAUAUAAGUUAAAUAAAAUUAAGAAAAAUGAAACAUCCUCCGACAUAUUUGGCUUCAGAUUUCUGUGUGUUUUGUCAGUUAGGUCAUGCAUUAAUUACAUACAAACACAGGAGUUAGGGGGAGCGGGUGAAAGAGUUGACAAUGCCAAAGAGCAAGUGGAAACCUUUUUUAUUUUAUUAUUUUUGAAAUGAAAUCAUGGUUCAAUGUACUAUCAUAUAUAUGAGCAAGGAAAUAAAGGAAUAGAUUUUGAGGGCUCAAAAGAAUUGUAGUUAAAUCUUUGUAAGUUGGUGGUGGUAUUUUGAACCACAGGGCACAGUCGUCUACUGUACAUAGGAGGGUAAUAUGCUAUCUUAUUCUGGUGUAAUACUCGACAUAAAUGUUCAUUACCCAUUCAUAUAUUUAUUUCUCUUUGUGCUC